CAUAUAUAGAGAGAGAGAUGGCUGAAAUUGCAGUCAAUUUACUAGCGAAGAAGUUGAAGGAGUUACUGAGCUCCAAGAUCGAUUUGAGUUUGGAAGAGAAGGAUCAAAUUCAAACCCUUUAUGAGGAUCUACAAUUGCUGAGAACAAAUCUGAAUGAUUUGCAGGUGAAGUUUUUUGAGCACGAGCAAGUGAAAAAUCUGGAGGCACGAAUUAGAGAUUUGGCGUACGAGGCAGAAAAUACGAUCGACUCGUUCCUAGUUAACAUUUUCUCGACAAAGAAUAUUAAGAUGAAGGAGAGAGAGAUGGCUGAAAUUGAUUUGGCGUACGAGAGGAUAAAGACGAUAAAGAAGGAUCGCUCAUUAAAAGAUGAAAUAAAGGAGGAUGGUUCGUUAAAACCAGAAAUACAGCAUGGUCACUCAUUAAAUCUUGAGCAUGUCAAAGAAGAGAUUGAGGCCAUCAAAACUGAGAUGAUGGAAAUUUAUGACACGGGUUUGGAAGGCAUACUACAAGUUGGAAGUUGUUCCAGCAGUGGAGACUCAGACUCAUCAAACACAAAGACUUGGGGUGUAGGGGAGGAAGAAAUAAUGGUGGGAUUUGAGGAUGAGGCAAUGAGCUUAAAGGAGCAACUUACUGGAGGCCCAAAGCAGCUACAGGUUAUUUCCAUUGUUGGGAUGGCUGGACAAGGUAAGACUACUUUGGCUACAAAACUCUAUAAUGAUCCUCUUGUCGUGUACCACUUCUAUAUUCGUGCUUGGACAUCUGUCUCCCAAGAGUAUCGAAAGAGGGAUUUGUUAAUUCGCCUUUUAAGUUGCGUUAUGAAGCAUACGAAUGGAAUUGAUCAAAUGGGCGAUGAGAAAUUAUGUGAAAAGUUGUACAAAAGCUUAAAGGGUCAGACAUAUUUCAUUGUGAUGGAUGAUAUGUGGGAUACUAAGGCCUGGGUUGAUUUGAAAAUUUGUUUUCCAAAUGACAACAACGGAAGUAGAAUUAUGUUCACUAGUCGACAUGAAGACGUGGCUUUGCAGGCCAAAACCAAUAACCCACCUCUUUCGCUUCGAUUUUUAACUCAUAACGAAAGUUGGGAUCUGUUUCAACACAAGGUGUUUGGGAAAAGAGAAAAUUGCCCUCCAGUGCUUGUGGAGAUCGGAAAGCAAAUAACCAACAAGUGUCAGGGACUACCUUUGUCGAUUGUUGUGGUAGCUGGAAUUUUUAUUAAUGAAGAGAAGAGCCAAGACCGAUGGAAGCAAGUAGGAGAAACCUUAAAAUCAAGUUUGGCUGCCAAUCCACAAGCAUGUAUGAAAACACUAGCGUUGAGUUACAUUCACUUACCUGGGCACUUGAAACCGUGCUUUCUCUAUUUUGGUGCAUUUCCAGAGGACUUCCAAAUCCCUGUGUGGAAGUUGAUUUGGUUAUGGAUUCUUCUCUAUUUUGGAGCAUUUCCAGAGGACUACCAAAUUCGAGUGGAGAAAUUGAUUUGGUUAUGGGUUGCUGAGGGAUUUAUAACAAAGACAGGUGAAAAAAGAUUGAAGGAUGUGGCAAAAGAAUACUUGAUGGAUUUAAUUGGUAGAAGUCUCUUAUUAGUAUCCAAAAGAGGGUACGAUGGUGAAAUCAAAGCAUGUGGAAUCCAUGAUUUGUUACGUGAAUUUUGCAUCAAGCAAGGUGAGGACGACUUUUUUCUCCAACAUGACCUUCCCUUGUCGGAUAAUCUACAAACUCUCUCAUGGGUGUUUUGUCAACAAGAAUUCUCAGUCAGGAUUUCUAAUCUGAAAAAGCUGGGACUUUGUGGACGUAUGGUACAUGAAAAAUCCUUGAUGUUUCCUGAUCUAUACUUCCUAGACCACCUCCAAGCGUUGAAGUUGUGGAAUGAAGGCAUAUUUAAUCAGAACACACAUGUUCUGGGAAGAAUUAAACUACCCCUUAAUCUAACAAAGCUAACUUUGAAGAAUACCCAUCUAAAGUGGGAUGAGAUGUCCACACUUGGCAAGUCACUACCCAACCUUGAGGGUCUCAAAUUAUUAUAUAAAGCUUGUAUUGUUAAACGUUGGGAAACAAGUGAUGGGGAGUUCCCUCGAUCCAAAUUCUUAAAAUUAAAGCAUGUACAAGUUGAUCAGUUGGAAGUUUCCAGUAAUCAAUUUCCCGUGCUUCAGCGGUUAGUGUUAAUUCAAUGUAAUGGGCUCGAGAAGAUCCCAUCUGAAAUGGGGGAUUUACCCACACUUCAAAUGAUUGAGGUGCAUUGGUGCCACCCUUCUCUUGCCAAUUCUGCCAAGGAAAUUAAGGAAGAACAAGAAAGUAUUGGAAAUAAUUGGCUGCAGAUGAUUGAGUCCAACAAUAAUGUGCUUUAG